AGGCGAGAGUAGCCACCAUGGCGGCGGCCUUCCCCAAAGCCCCGAAAAAGAAGCCCGAGGAAGCCGGCAAGGCCACGGAGGCGGCCUUGCCGUUGCAGUACAGCCUCCUGCUGGAUUACCUGGUGGGCGAAAAGCGAGGCCCGAGGCCGGAUUUCCCGCCGGGCGUCCUCGGGGGCUUCCCGGCGCCCGUCAAGAGCCCCGAGCAGAAGAUGGUCGAGCGCGCCAUGGAGAGCUGCGCCUUCAAGGCGGCGCUGGCCUGUGUCGGCGGCUUCGUGCUGGGGGGCGCCUUCGGCGUGUUCACUGCUGGCAUCGAUACCAACGUGGGAUUUGACCCGAAGGAUCCGUACCACACGCCGACAGCCAGAGAGGUCUUGAAAGAUAUGGGGCAACGGGGCAUGUCGUACGCCAAAAACUUUGCCAUCGUGGGGGCCAUGUUCUCCUGCACCGAGUGCCUGGUGGAAUCUUACCGAGGCAAAUCCGACUGGAAGAACAGCGUCACCAGCGGAUGCAUCACCGGCGGGGCCAUCGGUUUCAGAGCUGGCCUCAAAGCCGGAGUCCUCGGCUGCGGGGGCUUUGCCGCCUUCUCCGCCGUGAUUGACUACUACUUACGGUAGCAGCUGGGGCCCACCAGCCAGGACCUUCCAGUCUCGGCUGCGGAGGGACAGCAGGCCCGGUGGGCGUCUUGAGCCCCCUGUUAACCCAGCCGGUGAAAAUCCAAAAUCCGCCACGGUAGGGGAACCACGGAGGAAGAACCCUUGUCAGCUCUUGGGAGCUUCUGCUUCGAUUCUGCAAACUGAGCGGCUGGGAUAUUUUAUAUUUUAUCGCCCUUCCCUCCCCAAAAAAGAAUCUUUUUAAGUUCUGCCGGCGUUUGGAUUGGGAAGAACACAAAACGUUGCCUUGUUGUUGUU